AUGUGCUACCUACAUAUUUUACUGCUCUUUAUGGUGACAAUAAACUGCCAGAGGAUGAGCACAACCUGUGAGAUUUCAGAAGGUGAUCGCCAGCUUAUUCUUGCUAAAGUAAAAACACAGAUUUUGGAGGCACUUGGGCCACCACCAACUUUAACCACCAGUGCAUCACCAACACCUUCUCCAGGCCCACCAGAGCCAAUGCAUGCCGAGCAGAGGACUAUACAUAAGAGACACAGUAAGAGCCAAAGGUACAAUGCAGAGGACACCUCCAAAGUUAUUCUAUUCCCCUCCUCAGAUAUUGCAUGCGAGUCUCCAAACCUUGAUGUCCCUUUGGAAGAGCCAGGAAAUAGUUUUACUUACAUCUUUCGUCCAUCUACUCAUGUCCUCAGCCGUAAAGUCUUGUCAGCUCAGUUAUGGUUUUUUACUGGUAAGAAUCUGAAUGGGCAACCUACCAUGACCUCAAGUAUGACUGAUAAGGAGCCUACAGAAGUUAGCGUUCCAAUUUCAACUCCUACAAUUCAAAGUCUUGGAAGUGAUCAUGCAUCAUCAAAUGAAUUUGUGAGCGAUCCCUUCAGCACUCAGGUAAACGCCUCUAGCAAUGAUGACAAUGAUUCUCUGCAAAACUUUAUUGACCUCCAGGUGUUGUCAGAACAUGACCCAGUAACACUGGUCACCUACCAGAUUCAGAGAGUGGAUGACUGGACUGUCUUUCACCUUGCCCCAGCUUUCCUACGGUAUGUAACAAGAGGGAUUUUUGUUCUUCUUGUUCGAUGUCCUUCAUGCCCAUGUUCCAACCAGCCUGAAAACACUCCAUUCUUAAUGUUUAACACCCAACCGACCCACAGAAUGCGUAGGUCUGGAGUUCCCUGGUCUCCAUCUGCUCUGGAUCUACUUCAGAGACCUCCAUCUUCAGGGUCCGGCAGCACCGAAUGUCAUCGUGGUUCUCUCAAUAUUACUUUUGAGGAGUUGGGCUGGGACCAAUGGAUUGUACAUCCAGGAAGCUUCCAGUUUAAUUACUGCCAUGGUACAUGCUCCCCUAGUCAUGGGCUUAGCCCAGCACUCCACUGGGGGCACUGCUGUGCAGCUUUGCCAAGUACCAUGAAGUCAUUACGAGUCACCACCACUACGGAUGGAGGAUUCUCAUACAGAUACGAGACUGUCCCCAACCUGCUGACCCAAAACUGCGCCUGCAGCUAA